UCAAACCCAUUCCCAUGGUUACUGAUGCACUGUGGUAGCUUCCAGUCUGAGGCGAAAGCAAGGAAACGCUUCACUUGUGUUUUACACGGGUUAAAAAUGCGCGCGGCUUUGGCAAACGGUGUGUUUUGUUCACAUCCCCCCCUUUCUUUCCUAUUUGGAAAACGGUAGCAGUCUCUUCCAAAGACUUGCCUUUGGCCACUUCCCCGAGACCAUCUCUGCACUGCAAUCUGUUGAUAAUUGUACUUGCGACCCGCCGUUUUAUCGUCCUUCGACAUGGGAAAGUCUUUUAUUGCACAGGGAAUUCUGUACAACCUACAGAGGAUGGGAAUCGUAGGCGUAUUUCAACACCAGUUGCAUUUGCCAAAUUAGAUGGGUGCCGCCUCGGGUGCCUCACGCAACUCAUUACCACUGCUCGCGGGCACUUGGUUGACUCAGCUGCAGCCUGUUGGAAUGCUGGCCUGGUAGAUGGGCACGCGGGCCGGAGUGCAGAGUGCGGGCUUAUAACCACAUUGGCUGGACCAUCACCGUUCACCACACACUAAACCACAACUCCCCGUUACUCAUGGACCUGAAGAGGGCACUGUCAUUCCCCCCAUAUCCUGGGGAUUACCUGCACCCUGUGGUGUAUGCCUGCACAGCUGUCCUACUGCUGUGUCUGGUGGUGUCCAUCCUCACCUACAUGGUGCACCACAGCACAAUCCGAAUCAGCAGGAAGGGGUGGCACGUGCUUGUAAACCUCUAUUUCUACACAGCGGUAACAUUUGCUGUUUUCGCCUCUGGCAUCAACCGAAUCAAAUACCCGCGUAUCUGUCAGGCCGUGGGCGUGGCUCUGCAUUACUCCUCUCUGUCCACCCUGCUGUGGCUAUGUGUCACAGCCAGGUGCCUUUACCAGUUGGUAACCAAGGUAACCAAGAGAGCCCCCCAGGCCCAGGAUGGGGAGUCACCACGACAACCAAAGACCACACCCACAGUGAUACGAUUUUAUGUAGUCACCAGUGGAGUGCCCCUCAUUGCUUGUGGAGUGACAGCAGGCAUUAACAUAGAUCACUAUGGCAGCCGAGAGGAAGCCCUAUAUUGCUGGAUGUCGUGGGAGACCAGCCUGGCUGCGUUCUACGGUCCCACAGGGCUCAUCGUCCUGAUUACCUGCGUGUACUUCCUGGUUACGUACGUGUACCUGAAACGCCACCCGGAGGUGCGUUACGAGCUGAGGCCGAUGACGGAGGAGCAGCAGCGGCUAGCCUCGGGCGAGGUGGGCCACUGCCACGGGGGGGAUCCCGGAGACCCCACCGACGGUCACGUCGGCUGUUCGGCCGUCAACCCCUCCAUGCUGGCCAACGAGCACUCGCUCCGGGCCCAGCUGCGGACGGCCGCCUUCACCCUCCUCCUCUUCCUCGCCACCUGGAGCUUUGGCGCACUGGCCGUGUGGCAGGGACACUUCUUGGACAUGAUCUUCAGCUGCCUCUACGGCGCCUGCUCCGUCACGCUGGGCCUCUUCCUGCUCAUCCAGCACUGCGCCAAGCGCGACGACGUCUGGCACCGCUGGUGGGCCUGCUGCCCGUCCCGUCGCCGCGCCGAUGCCCUGCCCAAAACCGACACCAACGGCGACGUUCGGGCGGAGGCCCGCUGCAUCGAGGGUUCGCCCUGCCCCUCCAAGGCCCUGCUGGCCCCCCACGUCCACACCCCCUCGGCCCACUGCAAGCUGAGCCACGGGGGCCCUUCCUGCUGCAUGGCGCUACGAAGCCAGCAGCUGCUAGAGGAGGAGGUCCGCCCGCUGGCCUCACCCGCCCCACCCCUGCAGAGCUGUCUGAAGGACAGGACUAAGCCGCGGCCCUACGGCAGGCCCCGCCCCGGCACGCUGCGGGACUACGCCUACCACAUGGCCUCGUCCAGCGUGGACAGCAGCGCGCACAGCUCCCGCCUGGACAGCCCGCACAGCGCGCACGAGGGACACGUCUGCCACGGCACCUUCCCGGGGGGUCACGCGUGCCGCAGCGAGCCGGAGGAACACGUGUGCCGCCACCGUCACGCCUGCUGCUCGGAAGCCGCGUGCCCGCAGGAGUGCGCCGGGGCCUACGGCUGCAGCGGCAAGGCAGCGGACGAAGACGUGCCUCUCCACCUGGAGAUGGACCCGUGCGGUCCCUCUCACUCCCUCCUGCAGGACCCCACCAAUCAGAACAGGGCCUUGCAGGAGGACUUCCUGUACGGCUCGGACAGUACAGGUAACAUACGGACUGGACCCUGGAAAAAUGAGACCACUGUGUAGCCCCUGGACUGUGACGCAUACACCAAGCUCCACGCCCCCCCGCCGAAAUCCCAUGAUCACUCUCAAAAUUCCCUGAAUGCCCGCCAGAGCCCAUGUACAUCUAAGCCUCCUUGCCACCCACAAGACCCCCCCCCCCCACUCCCACACACACACACACACUUUGGGUAAAGGCAGUCAAUAGAGGAUCAAUUUAAAUCCCUUUCUGGUCUGCAGUGAUAUUUCUAUUGUAUGAAAAUCAAUUAUAUAAUGUUUGUGUUCUUUCAGUAUUUGGCCACUGAUGGAAUCUUCUAGAAGUUUCCUUUUUUAAAUGCUUAAGAAAAGUAUAAUAGGCACAUACAAUACAACAAAGGAUUUCUUUUGUUUAAAGUAUUUUUCUAUAUUAAUAGAGAUCUCCUAAUGAGUGUGUGCUUGAAUGUGUGUGUAUUUGAGUUCCAUCAGUGACUGAGAUAUUUCAAGUGUUCUCUGGAGAGCAUGAAUCUAAGUUGUUUAAAAAAUGUAAUUAAAAAGAAGCUUAUGCAGUGGCGCCCAAAUGAUGUGCAAAAAAAAUCACUGCGCUUUUCCCUGGGGAAAUCCACACUGCUUCAGUUACACACUCAUAUACCCUCAGAAGUCCACACUGUUUCACUUACGCACUGAUACAACCUCAGAAAUCCACACUGCUUCAUUUACACACUCAUACACCCUCAUGAUUUCACACUACUUCAGUUACAUACUCAUACAACCUCAGAAAUCCACACUGCUUCAUUUACACACUCAUACACCCUCAUAAUUUCACACUGCUUCAGUUACACACUCGUGCAGCCUCAGAAACAUUCACUGCUUCAGUUACAGACCCAUGUGUCCUCAGCUAUCGAUCCACACUAACUCAGGUAUAGAUCCACUCUGACCCCUGACCUGCCACUGUCCUGAUAUUCACAGCGCUGCCGAUUUGCAAGUUGAUUGGAUGGAUUAAAGGGCCAGCAGCGAACCAUACAGGUUUUUACAUUGUAUAGCCAAACAUGUGACACCAGUCUCCUGUGUCUGUAGAAGAUGCUUAUUGGGGGCAGUUACAGUAUGAGUCACACCCACAGAUAGUAUGUCUCCGUUCAAACGUCCAUUAAAUCAAACUGAAUUGACUAGAUAUUCAGUUUAUGACAUCACAACAUUAAUGGAUUUGAGAGGCAGUUUGAGUCAAUCUAUUACAAAGAAUGAUGUUGGUAUACACUCACCGAGCACUUUAUUAGGAAAUUUUUACUUUAUUACACCUACUUAUUCACGUGAUUAUCUAAUCAGCCUAUUGUGUGGCAGUAGUGCAAUGCAUACAAUCGAGUAGAUACAGGUCAGGAGCUUCAGUUAGAAAAAAUUUGAUCUAAGUGACUCUGACUGUGGAAUGAUUGUUGGUGGCAGGUUUGAGUAUCUCAGAAACUGCUGAUCUCCUGGGAUUUUCACGCACACUAGUCUCUAGAAUUUGCAAAGAAUGGUGCAAAAAAAAAAAAAAUCUGUGGGCAGCAGUUCUGCAGACAGAAACGCUUUGUUAAUGAGAGACAUCAGAGGAGAAUGGCCAGACUGGUCAAAGCUUACAGGAACGCAAACAACCAUACAUAACAGUGGUAUGCAGAAGAGCAUCUCUGAAUAGGCUGUGGAUAGGCUACAGCAGUAGAAGUCUAAAAAAUAAGUCUAAUAAAUACCUAAUAAAGUGCUCACUGAGUAUAUUAAUUCUUUUUGCAAAAAGGUGCCAGUCAACAUAGUAUGUGUGUGUCUGUGUGUGCGUGUGUGUGUAUGUGUAUGUUGCCUAUCUUGAAAGUAAGUCUGCAGUGUCAUUUCUGUAAUAAAAUGAGAACAUCACAGAAGUCGUUUCCGCCCGCAAAGAUGACUUGUACAAUACCCCUGAGCAACCCCCCCCCCCCCAAAUUUCUCCAUUCCAACCUUAACCAUAACCAUAAAAUGAACACCCCCAACUCUAACCAUAACCUCCCUUACCCAAUCCUGUCACUGUAUCACUCCCGUACACCAUGUGUAUAUAAGGUAUACACAAUAUAGUGACCUACCCAACCCUACCAACCCUCCUCCAACCCGUUUUCUACUGUUUGCUUUUUCUUGCUUUUGGUUUGUUUACAUGACAUGUUUCUGCUCCCUUCAGAGAUUCGCUCCUGCUGUCCUAAUGCAAGAAUGUGCAGUUUUUAUAAUGCUGUCUCUGACUUUGGCAUGGUCUAGGAGCACGUCUGUUUAAGAAAAGCCUAUGAGUUGUGUGACGGGUGUGCGACUGUGAAAGAUUUGGUUCACUGUGUAAGGGCCGAGGCAGCUUUAGUUCUGUGUUUGUGUGCGAGCUGACUGCGCGGGUGAGUUGGGUAUGUCUGUGUGGGAGCUGUACGGCUGUGUAGGAGCGGUGCGAUUGUGUGCGAGUUGUGUAACUGAGUGAGUCAUGUAACAGUAUAAGAGUUCUGUAAUUGUGCAAGAGUGGUGUGACUGUUUCAGUUGCAUGGUUGUGUGGGUGCUGUAUCAGUGUAAGAGUUGUGUGGUUCUUGCUGGUAAAACAGCCAAUCUUUAACUGCUGAUGUAAUUGCUGACACCUGUCAGUAUUGGCCAGUGGUGCUGUAACUAAACCCAAAGCCACUUUUCACCUUUUUUUACAUCACCAGUUUCCAAUAAAUGUGUUUUAU